AUGAAGUCGUUUGAGAACGCGCCUGGCUGAACAGUUUGAACCUGGGCUGCAAACAGAAGCUCACGAGCACAAUGCCAAAUCCGCGUCACUGGAAGACCUGAUUCAACAAUUUCUCUCGCUGCGGAUCUUUCUGUGAUAACCUUCUGUCAUGUGAGCUUUUCUUCCGAGGACUGCGUGUUUCUUUUUUUUUUUUUCGUUCGAGACCACCAUGCUACGGGUCCCUGGCUGCAGCUGCACCACGGCGACAACGGCAACAUAAUGGCAUGCAGGAGCGGCUGCUGCUGCGGCUCCGGUCCAAUAAACGAAGAUAACGCGCGGUUCCUGCUGCUGGCAUUGUUCAUUGUUAUUUAUCUCCUGUGUGGGGCCGCCGUCUUCUCAGCGCUGGAGCACCCAAAAGAGCGAGAGGCGAAGGAGCGCUGGGCGCAGAGGUUCGAACAUUUCAGCCAGAAGUACAACCUGAGUAAGAAAGACCUGAAUAACUUCCUGAGGAACUACGAGGAGGCGAACGUAGCGGGGAUCCGCGUGGACGCAAUCAGACCUCGAUGGGACUUCACCGGCGCUUUUUACUUCGUAGGAACUGUGGUAUCAACCAUUGGGUUUGGGAUGACGACCCCUGCCACCAUUGGAGGAAAAGUCUUCCUGAUGUUUUAUGGCCUUCUUGGCUGUGCAGCCACCAUCCUGUUCUUCAACCUAUUUUUGGAGCGUGUCAUCACCGUCAUUGCCUUUGUCCUUAAGUCCUGCUACGAAAGGCGCCGUAACAAAGCCGUGCUCCCACAAAAUGGACGUCAAGUCUCUGAUGGAGGUGGUGCAGGAGGGGAACUUGCAGGCUGGAAGCCCUCAGUCUAUUGCGUUAUGCUCAUUCUAGGAGCAGCGGCCAUUUUGGUGUCCUGCUGUGCCUCACUGAUGUACUCAGCAGCUGAGGGCUGGGGCUACCUGGACUCGCUUUACUUCUGCUUUGUGGCCUUCAGCACUAUUGGGUUUGGAGAUAUGGUGAGCAGUCAGCGAGUUGCCUACGAAGGCCAUGCUACAGCCGCAUACAGGCUGGGCAACUUCUUCUUCAUCCUGACCGGCGUCUGCUGCAUCUACUCCCUGUUCAACGUCAUCUCCAUUGUCAUCAAGCAGGUGCUCAACUGGCUGCUGAGGAGGCUGGAAGGCCCCUGUCGCUGCUGUUUCCCUAGGAGGGGUCACCACCGGCACCCCCGUCGGAAUGUGGUGGCCCCAGGCCACCUCCGUGCCCGCAGAGACCCAUCAAUUGAGACAGAUGCCAUUAACGAGAGCGAGACCGAUACUGGGCGCAGGUUGUCUGGAGAAAUGAUUUCCAUGAGGGACUUCUUAGCAGCCAACAAGGUGAACUUGGCCAUUAUGCAAAAGCAGCUUUCGGAGAUGGCAGUCGGGAACCAGCGCCAGUCCAGCUCCAGUUCACGUCAGAACGGCUUCUCGGGAGGGGUGGGCGCCCUGGGCAUCAUGAACAACCGACUGGCUGAGACUAGCGUGGAUAGAUAGGGGGGGCGGGGGACGUGUGAGACCCUUUUAAAGGAAGCAAAAGAAGCACGAGAAUGACAUUGAUGACAUUGACAAGCUUUGGUGUAUAAGAAUGAAGGCUAACCCCCAGCACCUCCGGCUUAGACAGAAACCAUCUCGGCCCACCUUCCUGUCAAGAACUUGGCUUGAUGAAAGAUGUACGACAGCGUGCUGGAUUCCCCACAUCUGGACCGGGCUCAGCGUGCUGGAAUGUUCCCCUGUGAGGAAUCCAGUUUCCAUGGUGAUAAAAAAAAAAAAGCCUUGUAUCUAAGCUUUAAAACCUGAUGCACUACAUGCUGCUUCACACCAACCCGCAACUUUCACUCAC